AUGGAAGCUGGAAGGGAAGAAGAGAAGUACGUGGACUGGAGAGGGCACACGGCCAAUCCUAAGAAGCACGGCGGGGUUUCCGCCGCCGCUUUUACCUGUGUUGUGGAGGCGCUGGAGAACAUGGUGUUCCUGUCCAACGCCACGAAUUUCGUGUCGUAUUUCAUAAAGUCAAUGCACUACUCCACCGCCCACGCCGCCAACAUGGUCACCAAUUUCAUGGCCACCUCCUUCCUCCUCACCGUCGUCGGCGGCUUCGUCACCGACUCUUUCCUCAACAGGUUCUGGACCUUCAUCGCUUCCUGCACCACCGAACUCCUGGGAAUCAUGCUGCUGACCAUCCAAGCCGAGCGGAGCCGGCUCCAGCCGCCGCCAAACGAAACUCCCUCGGCUUCUCAGGCGGCCAUCCUGUACGGCGGUCUGUACGCGAUUGCGGUGGGCUUCGGCGGGAUCAAGGCUUCCCUGCCGGCCCACGGCGCUGAUCAGCUGGACCAUGGGAACCAGGCCCGUAUCUCCGCCUUCUUCAACUGGUUCUUCUUUUCGCUCUGCAUUGGGGGCCUGGUGGCGUCGACUUUCAUGAUAUGGGUCCAGGAGAAUCUGGGCUGGAAGUGGGGGUUGAGGCUGUCGCUCAUUGCUUUGAGCUCCGCGCUCUGCGUUUUCGCAAGUGGGUUCCUCGACAAAGCGGCCGUUGAUGGCACCGUAACCAGCCCGGAGGUGGAGGAAACAAGGUCCUUUCUCCGGCUGCUCCCAAUCUUCGGCAGCACAAUCAUGAUGAGCUGCUGCCUCGCCCAGCUCCAGACAUUCUCCGUGGAGCAAGGAAGCGUCAUGGACAGGAAACUCCGCGGCGGAUUCCUAAUCCCGACGCAGUCGCUGUCGGCUUUCUCCCUCGUCGUCAUACUGUCGUCCAUCCCGUUCUACGAGUACGUCAUCAAGUCAUCUCGAGCCACGGCGUGGCUCGAGAUCUACCGCCCGCUCAAGCGGAUAGGCCUGGGCCUGGCCCUCGCCUCGGCCUCGAUGGCUGUGGCUGCAGCCGUCGAGGUCGAAAGGAGGCGAUCGGCCUCGGCCGACGACGACUCGACGAGGAGGCUGUCGGUUUUUUGGCUCAGCUGGCAGUUUCUGUUCCUAGGGGUGUCGGAUAUGCUGACCCUUGGAGGGAUGCUUGAGUUCUUCUACUCUCAGGCGCCAAACAGCAUGAGGAGCAUGUGUACGGCAUUGGCUUGGGCCUCUACUUCGAUGGGCUUUUUCCUCAGCUCGCUUCUUGUGACGCUAACGAACAAGAUCUCGGGCCGGUUUGGGGACGAGUGGCUGGGUGGGCACGACCUGAACCGGAACCGGUUGGACCUGUUUUAUGCGGUUCUUUGUGUUUUGAACUCGGUGAACCUGGUUAACUAUGUGUUUUGGGCUAAGAGGUACUAG